AUGAUACCCAGAGUAAUAUGGUUGUGGCUGCCUUCAGCUCUGCUCCUCUCUCAGGUCCCAGGUUUGUCCUCUCUGGGCUGUGUCCCUCUUCAUGGCCCCAGCAGUGUGACAGGUACUGUAGGGGAGUCCCUGAGCGUGACUUGUCAGUAUGAGGAGGGAUUCAAGAUGAAUAAGAAAUACUGGUGCAGAGGGUCACUUGUUCUACUUUGGGAAGAUAUUGUCAUGACCGGAGGCUCAGAAGAAGCUAGGAAUGGCCGAGUGUCCAUCAGGGAUGAUCCAGACAACCUCACCUUCACAGUGACCUUGCAGAGCCUCACCCUGGAGGAUGCAGGCACCCACAUAUGUGCGAUGGAUAUACCAUUGAUCAAUCACUCCUUGGGGAUUGAUAAGUUCUUCAAGGUUGAAUUGUCUGUGGUCCCCGGUAAGCCUCCUUCAUGCCAGGGUAGACUGAGUCCAGGGCUGUCAAUUCCAGAGCCCACCACAUCCUCACCAGUUGACACUCAGCCCAGCGUGACCACAAUUGACACAAUUCCUGCUCCCAGCCCACAGCCUCGGUCUCUUCUGAGCAGCCCCUACUUCUGCAUCCUGCUGUUUCUGGAGUUGCCCCUGUUCCUGUGCAUGCUCAGUGCUGUCCUGUGGGUGAACAGGCCUCAGACGUGGUCUGGGAGACAAGGCAUUUGGCCCUGUCAUGAGAGCCAAUGA